AUAGGUGAAAUCAAGGUGACUGCCAUUUUAUCGAGUGCGUGAAAAUGCUGUCGAUUUCGUUUAUUUUACUUAUUAGUGAGUAAAUUAAUACAUUUGUAAUAGUGUAAUUCGCGAUCUUCUCGCUAGAAUGACGCAGUUUCUGCCGCCGAAUCUGCUGGCAUUGUUUUCGCCACGUGAGCCGAUUCAGUAUCUGCCACCGGCCAGCAAGCUUCCGCAUGAGAAGAAAAACGGUGGUUACACCGGCGUUGGGAGCUUCCUCAAAUAUUUUGAGGAUCCUAAGGAUACUCCGCCACCUGUGCGUGUAGAGACUCGAGAAGAACGUCUUGAGCGUAGACGAAGAGAACGAGCAGAACAAGUUGCAUAUAAACUCGAACAAGAAAUUGCAGUAUGGGAUCCAGCUGGUAUCUCUAAUGUUACAGCAGAUCCUUUUAAGACUCUGUUUGUAGCUCGAAUUAAUUAUGACACCUCAGAAUCCAAGCUGAGAAGAGAAUUUGAAGUAUAUGGACCGGUAAAAAAGAUUGUGGUAACGCAUAAUACAAUUAAUGGCAAGCCUAGAGGAUAUGCUUUCAUUGAAUAUGAGCACGAAAGAGAUAUGCACUCGUGGUGGCCGCUGCCGGCAACUAGUGCCGUUCACUAUUCCAUGCAAUCCCUGAACCUGCCUGAUAAGAUAGCUGCAUAUAAGCAUGCGGAUGGUAAGAAAAUAGAUGGUCGCAGAGUGUUGGUCGAUGUCGAGCGGGCGAGAACGGUGAAGGGUUGGCUACCUCGAAGACUCGGCGGUGGUCUGGGUGGUACUCGUAGGGGUGGCCCCGACGUCAACAUCAAACACUCGGGACGGGAAGAUAAUGAACGGGAACGGGAACGAUAUCGCUUGGAACGUGAGAGAGAGACUUCGGGACGUGGCCUGGAUAGAGACAGAGAUCGUGAUCGUUUGGAUAGAGAACGUCGCAGAUCGCGCGAUCGCAAACGAAGAACUAGAAGCAGAUCGCGCGAACGCAGGCGCAGGCGUAGUCGCGAUCGAUUACCAGAUCCCGAUAUCGAAGAGAUCGAACGGCCACGCGACAGAAGGGAUCGUGACCGCGAUCGCGAUCGAGAUCGCAAGAGGCGGCGGUCACGAAGUAAUGACCGUGAUCGUGAUAGAGAUCGUAAGCGAGACAAACGGGAGAGAGAUCGUGACCGUAGGGACAGAAAGGAUCGUAACGAUCGUCAAGACGAGGAUACAAAAGAGAUUCGUAUUAAGGAAGAGCCCUUGGAUGAUUAUCCCGACUACAGCAAUACAUUCGCGACGUCGGGCUCAUACUUCACCGCAGUCAAGUACGAAGACGAUAACGAUCAGGAGGUGGAAGAGAAAUACCGGAUUCCAGAGGGUCGCCCCGACCCACCUCCGUAUAACAAUUACGAUUCCGUACAAGAUUAUUGAUCUCGAGCAGUACAUGUUUUCGUUGUGUCUCUUUUUUCACAAUAGGCCACUGUCGCCGCAUUUUAUGGUUAUUGUCUCUACUAUUAGCGCAAUACUGACUCUUUUAAAAGUGAUCCAAUUUGAACAUUCUUCAAUUAUAUAAAAUCUGAAGAAUUAUUGUAUUGUAAAAGAAUUACUCAAGUUCUGUAAAACGUCUAAUUUAUAGGACUUUCAAAAUAUGAUAAAUAUGUAAUUACUCUUACAAAUACAAAUGAAAAAAA